UCCAGAUAAAUCUUUGCAGUGAUCCGCUUGGGGUCUGGUGCUAUAACUGAAAAUGGCUUUGAGGGUUGUGUUUGGCAUUCUAUUGCUGGUGUUGGUGGCGCAGCAGGCCGCAGCGGGGGGAAGCGGAGGCAAGGAGCGCCGCUGGCCCAAGGAGUUGAAGGAGGAUUUUCAGUUUGAGCUCCGCAACAUCUACAGCAACCGGCAGAACGGCAGUCGCUACAAUUUCCUCACCAAGUACCGCUAUCCCAGCAGCUCUGAGGCAUUCGAUUUCCAUGAGGCGGAAGAGAUUAUCCUGAAGUUCGUGCCUGCCGGUGGCAUGGGCAUCCCAGGCAACGCAUUCACUGAAGUCCUUUCCCUCGCCAUCGCUAAGGCGCUCUGGGCGAAGUUUAACCUUGUCGGCUUGAGCUUCCGCAUCGAGGUGCAGGGUAUGUCAUCGGACGUCCGGAGUCACUAUGCCUCCACCGUCACCGUGGGAGAUAUCGAACCUUGGGUCUCCCUCGUCAACAACUUCCCCGGCUGUGACGGAAUGGAUACGGACGAGGGCAACAAGGCCUGCCGCGUCUAUCCCAUUUUGAACGGCAAGGACCGCGACCUGGCUGCAACUGCUGCUAAGAAGGCUGGCAAGCACGACAAGCCCAAGUACUGCGAUUUCUGCGGCUAAUCGCAUGUCACACAUACGCAUGGUGGUGAUCCUUG